UGGAAGUCCUGCCGUCUAUGGUACACAGCUGAGAGACAGUUUAUGCCGGGAAUGUAGAGAUGAACUGGUGUUCGACAUUUCGAUUUAGUGAACGAGUGACCGAAAUCGAACGAUUAUGCCAUCCUACUUAUGGACAAUUCUCUAUAUAAUUAUCAUAAUAUGGCUGAUUACAAGUACUCUCGCAUAUCUGAUCCAAUGGCUGCUUCAGCGAUAUGCUGGAGUUUCUGUCAAGAUUGGACGCACUGGAAUAUUCAGCUGCAGAAAAGUACAAAUAUUGGUGAAGAAGGGCCUUAAGUUGGAAAUAGAAAAGGCAUGGUUGUCAAGUUGUUUUGUAAACCAAGAACAGCGAAAGCCCCUUGUGAUCUGUAUCAGUGAUAUCAGAAUCCAGGCAGAUGUACGAAAGGAUGGACAAUUUCCUACAGACAAUGCUGCCUUUCCAGGCUCCACUGAUUCCAACCAACAACACUCAAAUCAGCAAGAAAAUACAAAGAAAGUUACUCUUCCAAAAAUAGCCUACUACUUACAGUACAUGGGCCUGAGAAUGAACAAUCUGACUCUGAUGUUACUGAACACCAUGAUCCCUGACUGCCUAGUCCACGCCGAAGGACAGAGUCUCUCCCUAGAUAUAUCCAUGGUCGACAAUUGUUACGAGUUGACCAUGGAUGUUGUCGGAAUCAGCUGUCGUGCACUCAGAAGUGUUUCAGAGGAGCAGCAGCAGAUAGAACCAUGCCUUGCCGAGAUGUCAUGUAGUACAUUUGUACAUCUACAGGCUCACAAGGACAACAUCAAACAAUUCAAGAUGAUACGACUUCUGAUGAGUAAGCCUCAAGCCAAGAUGACAGAAGCUUUAUUCUCCAGUAUUCAGGCCAUGAGGACAGCGUCAGCCGCCCAGAUGGAAAACAAUCAUGACAGCACAGAUAACAUCACAAAUACUAGGUCAACUCUAAACUUAAAUUUAAUCCCACAGGAGAUCGGUCUAGAUGUCACAGAUUUGGAUGUGAAGAUUGUGAGACAAAAUAUUCAAAGGACAUUGUCAGUUGGAUUGAGAAACUUCCAUAUGGAGUUUCAGAACAACACCAACACUUCAGAGGAGGAACAAAGCAUUUGUGGUCUAUUGGUGGAGGAUUUCCAUACAGAGUCCCCACAAGCUAAGUUUGCUGCCUUACUGAAGGCUAACGUUAAGGUGGAGCUUGAUAAGAACAAGGUUGUGUCAGAUGUGGCUGUCCAGGGGGCAUUCUUCAACUACCAUCACGAAGAGAUCCAGUACUGGUCAUCUGUAGUCACACGAGUGUCCGACACUCACACUGGUACUAACACCCAAAUCCAGUCAAGUAGAAUGUCAUCAUCCUCACCUCUCAAAUCGCUCGUGAUUGACUACUGUCGGAGACGCCAUGUGUGCCUGUCAGUAGCACUCACUGAAAUGUCAACCUCUCUAUCCUCGGCAGCCUAUUCAGGGCUACAUUUGGUGGUCCAGUCAGCCAAGGUGAUAUCCUCUGUCAGUCCCUCUAUAACAGCUGAAUCCUCUGACCUGCCCUGGCUGGACAAUGUAUCGUGUAAAGUUGAGGUUCAAACUGUCAGCUGUCAGCACAUGGUCGCUCGUGUAACGAUGGAUCGUCUGUGUGACAACAUUCACUUCUGGGACCAUGCUUUAUACAUCGGUACUUUCUAUCUUAAGGGUGAGAAACGGUGUGGAGACCUGGAGUUGGAUGUUGAUUUGUGCAAUACUCAUAUAGAAUGGUCUACUCUGACUGUUAACACUGCCCUAUACUUUCUGGGGGCGUUGUUAUGGAAACAACAGUCUGGUGCUACUUCUGUUACCAUACCUACUGAAAUGGACAGAACUUUAAAUAUACCACCAUCCAAUCUUCAGCCAGCUGGGAGCAAUAUAUCCAUGAAAAUGUGUGUGUCCAACGUGAACUUGUUUUUAUGUAAUAACCACAAAGUGUGUCUUAUGUCAAGAAUCGAUGCAGUGGACAUUGAUCUCAACAGACAAACCAACUGUGUAACUGUAGAAGGCUGUAAAGUUAUGUAUAUCUCUCAAGUAGACAAGUCCAUGGUGCUAGUAUCUGCCAACCAACUACACAAUCCAGCUAUCCAUGUCCAGGAAGUAAGGGUUACACACAGUCGGGAUCAGAAUGAAAUGCAUGUGCGCAUUCUGAAGAUUCUGUCCUGUGAGUGGAAGACCUGUCACCACAUGUGUCUGAUACAGGGACUGGAAGAUGUCAAGGAGAUCAAAGCUCGUUACCAAGCCUACCAUCCUGAUGUGGUGGAUAGACAGAAGGACAAUUACUCCCCUGAACAAAGACUCAAGGUCAAUCUCAUAGUGAAGGCAACCACAUCAUUUACCCUCUGUCUAUCUAAGGAGCACAGUGUGACCUUUGUACUGCUGGGCUUCAUCAUGACUCAGUCUGAGGAGGAGACAUUGAUGGAAAUCGAGAGAUUCACAGUCAACUGUGACGAGCAUCAAAUCUUUGUGCUAGAGGGAACAAUGAUGGGAACACUGUCCAAGUACCACCUUCGAGAGGGCAGGCAGAGUGUGGGAAACCUCAAAUGUCCCACUAAUAGGGCAUGGCAUAUUUUGUUCAACAGCUUUGAAAUUGUUUUCCCCUACAAAUACAACUUUGCAAAAUGCUUUGAGGAGUUUGUGAAUUUAUGGAAGUGGUGGAAGUUGGUACACAAAGUGAAGAAGAAGCCAUUCACAGAGGACAGUUUGUUACCUCCUGAUCUUCAGAUCAAAGUCAAGAAGUUCCAGGUACAGCUUAGUGAUGACCCGUUUGAGGUGAAGCUUGGUGACAACUUUGAGCUGAUGAAAGAUGAGUGUUACGAAUACUUCAAGAGAAAGGCUGUUAUGGAACAGAAGGUCCAUAACCUGAGACGUAACCAUGGCUUCAUUCCAGCGGACCGUGUACAGGAAUUGUUUGAUUCUUUGGAUAAGAAAAGUAGUGACAUCUACCUCCAGCGAUCUCGCCUGCUGUAUAAAACAACACCUAUGAGAACCAAGCUGUUCACCUGGUUGAUGGAAGACGUUGAGAUCCUCUCCUACGCCGACAAGUCAUUCCAUGGGAAGGAGAAUAUCGUCAAACAAAUGAGAGACAUUGACAAUCAGAGUCCCUAUCCUGAAGAGGGCCUAGAGUUUUUGACACUUUGGUGUCGUUAUGUAAACUUCAACCUGAGUCUGUGGAAGGUGGUGAUGCGUGAUUAUCCUCACCCGAUGCUUGAGGUCAAGGACAUGGGGCUGUGGGGUCGAUUGAUUGGGGCGGAACAGGAUGGCAGUAAGAGAGCCAAGAGGAAGUGUGUAGUAGAAGUAGAGGACCCCUGGGGUAACAUGGAAGUGGAGAGGAAUUUACCCACCCUCAAGUUCUACCAUGACUUCAGCUGUGAUGUGAAGAGCUGGGUGAUGGCCUAUGGGGCAUGCUGGGAACCUGCUGUAGCUCAGUACAACAUAAGCCUUGAUCUCAUCAACAAACCCUCGAUUGACCCCAGCCGACCUCUGCCAAUCUGGGACAAAAUCCGUCUCCUGAUGCAUGGGCGAUUUUUCAUGUCAGUAGAACAAAUGAGCUGGCUGUACCAUGCCUCCUUUGAUCCCUACAAUACCACCGAGUUCAUGGACUGGUCCUGGUCUAAAGUCUGCCUUGACUGGACCAAUGCUAAUUUUGUCCUACUGGGAGACUUUGACAUUUCUGCAAGAACUACAUCCAAGUAUGAUGACUGUAAAUUACUACAUCUUCCUAACCUCAAACUUGUUUACAAGCUGGAAUGGUUAUGUCACGGCGAUCCCAAUGACCACCAUGCUGUGAUGCCAUGUGCCCCUGACAAAGUGCCGGACUUCUCCCAUGAAGAGCAUGACUCAUUCCGAGCAUUCCGAUCAAAGAAUCUAAAUCUGACAAUUUCUUUGGACACAAAACCCUUGAGAGAGAACACACUGAAUGUUCCCAGUUGUCUGUUCUACGCCAGUACCCUCAGAUUUCUCGACAAAAUCAAGAUGUGUUUUGCGAGUGUCACUCGCCCCAUCCGUCGAGGAUCCUACUUCAAUGUGAUAAGGCCUCGUAAACCACAGCUGACCCGGCACUACAAAACAAUCAAGACAUCUGUGAACCUUCAUCGGUUCAACAUCUGUUACUGGAUGUCGUUCAAUAAACAACUAGGUUCGGAGCUCCUAGCCGACUCUUUUGUGUUGUCACUCUGUAAUGACCUAACUCUAACCCCGGUGGAGGACGGACUGUUCCAUCGACCUCUUGCCUCGUGGAGUGUUCGUUACCUUCAUUGCCAGCUGACUGGAGCUAAGACAUGGCUAUGCAGCGCCCGGAGACAAACAGAGGACCAGUUGAAUGUGUCUCUCCGUAACCCUGUUGAUAAGAACUUCUUCCUGAGUGUCGGCAGAGUGUCUUAUCAGAGAGGAGACAACACCAGUACAUCAUACGAGGAGGAUGAGGAGGAUGAUGAGGAAGCUGACAAACGGUUUGAUAAGGCAACCCACAAUGUACAAGUCCAAGAUCUAAAGGGAGCGUGGACCAAACACAAUCGUACAGUGUUACUGGGCGUGCUUGACAGCUACACCAAGGCACAGUCACUCAAGCGAAACCUAUCUGCCGAUGCACUCAAAAAGUUCAAGGUUGAUGGAGGUCAAGGUCCAAAUAAGACAAGGUCUAUGUCCCUAACAACAGGUGCCCCUGGCUCCCCUACCACUCCUAACCCCAGCCCUGGGACUAAACUCAGCAGUGUCCACACCCACUCGCUUCUAAUGAAGCUGGUGUCAGAGUCAGAUAGCAAGUCUGUCGCAUUCACAGAGGAGCCAUCAAAUAUGAAUAUGGACCAGUUACAUGGUGUGGCUGCCUGUCAGACAGAUGAUGUCUACUGCAAAAACUGGCUCAUUGAGCUGCACAACAGCCAGAUGAUGGUGAAGGGGUGCGAGACGUCUGGGUAUGUGAUCGUGAGUGCCGCUAAGGCCCAGAUUGUGUCCUGUACACACCAUCCAGUCUGGCAGGACAACCAGCUCCGUAGUAAAACCUCCUGGGUCACCUCUGUCGAGUGUAUGCAAUACUAUGCUACGGUUGACCCUGACAACAACCUUGAUGAUGACACCAUGCCCUGGCUGCAACCAGAGAAUGUGGAAGAUCGCUCUGAGCCAGAACUGUCCGGAGUGUCAGAGAUGGUAGGGAGCGGCAGCAGUGUUGGAGGUGUCGUCUACAGUACAGUGGGCAGUGCUAAACAGUCACCGAAGUUCCCAAAGACAUCAGUGCAGCUACAGAGAAUCAUCUCCAGGUGUAAAUGUCAGGUGUUCUUUGCCAGCUACGGUGAGGUGGACGACGAAACUCUGCCAGAAAUACCUCCUCCACCAUCAGAGGAUUCCUCAGACAUGAUGUCCAGGGAAGAAGGAGUGGACAGCUUCACACUGCUUCACCAUGACCUUAACGUGUGUACAAACUCUCUGCAGUAUGCCAUGAUUCUUGAUAUAGUGAACAAUCUCCUUCUACAUGUGGAGAAAACAAAAAAGGAGACGACCGAGAAACUGCAGAGUAUGAGGUUCCAGCUACAGCUGUCAAGGGAGGAGGACCAGAAAACUCCCAUACAGCAGCUACAGGAGUAUGUCAGAGAGAAUGUACUAACAUUGCGGAGACUAGAAAGAGAACUGUACUUGAUAGAGAAGGAGCUGGAGGAUAGUGAUGAUUCCAGUCUGAUGGAGCAAUCAGAGAAGCUGGAGAUGAUGCUGUAUGAUUGUAAGGAAAAGAUCAACUCCUCAAACGAAGAACUUUCCCUCAGGAUUAGUUGUUUGAAGGAGAGUCAGCUCCAGGUGAAAUCACAGAUGAAAACAACUAAAACCCACCAGGCAAGAGUAGACAAGAGACAUGAAGUGUGUUUUAAGUUCGCCCACUGGAGACUGACCGAGGCUGAUGGUCAGUUAGGGGUCACAGACCUUGCUCUCCGAAAUUUUGUGUACACUAAAGUGAACAGAGACAAUGACACAUGGACUCAUCAGCUGGAGUUAGGCUGGAUAAAGAUGACCAACCUCCUCCCCAAUGCUAUAUACAAGGACGUGAUUGUGCCCUUACAUCCGAUUGGAAAUGAAGGUGACAACCGUCAAAUGGCCAUCAGGAUCUUGUGCAGUGAAAGACCACCAGUGGGAGGAAUAGCAGUGAAGGAACACUUCGAGGUCAAUGUUGUACCAAUGCAGAUCCAACUCACCCACCACUUCUUCAAAACAAUGAUGGCAUUUUUCUUCCCUGAUAAAGACAUUGAGGAGGAUGUCCAUGAUGAUGUAUCUGACGGAGGAGCAACUUCAUCUCAGAAGAAGAAGCUAGACCGUAAACCUUCAGGGAGGAAGGAAAAGGAUUCGCUCAAAAAGUCUGCUUCAUUUAGCUCGGAGAAUGAUAUUGACAAAAUGAAGGAGCGAGCAGCGAAGAACAAUACAUUUUUAUAUAUCAAGAUACCAGAAGUGUCUUUACGAGUCAGCUACAAGGGUAUGAAGGAAAAGAACCUGAAGGACAUCCAUGAUUUUAACCUGGUACUGCCCACUCUGGAAUACCACAACCAAAUAUGGACAUGGUAUGAUCUUCUGAUGCAGAUGCAAGGUGACAGCAAGAAGGUGGUGCUAUCUCAGGCAAUCAAACAGAAACUUCACAUGAGAGCUCGGGUAGGGGAGGAAACUCCACUUACAGACGUACAGCAAGAGGAGGAUAAGAUGAAAAUGCUUCUUGGUGCUAAGCUUCUUUCUGGAAAAGAUAAGCCUGUGAAGAAAACUAUAUUUGGAAAAACACCAAAACAGUGAUAGCACAUUGCUACAUGAAGACAUACAUUCUUUUAGUUAACAAUCCAGCUUGUUGUCAGUGAUGCAGAAAUAGCAGGAAGGAGUCAGCAAUGUAUUCAACUGUAUGGUACUGGUGAGGAAUCAGAUUAAAAUUUUGUCGGUGCUAACUUCUGACUCUUCCUACUUUUUAUUGUUUGUAUGUUGUGGUUUUAAAGGAAACAAUCACCUUA